UCUCUCUCUCUCUCUCUUCUGCAACUCCUCCAUUGAGGAAGAGAAAGGAGAAGACACAUUCUUUUUUGAAAGAAAAUAAGAAAAAUAAGGUGAAAAUGGGAAAAUUAUUGUAUGAUUCGCCGGGAGGAGGUGAGUCGUUUCAAACUCCAUCUCCGACCGGUCAUUGGAGAGAUCCGCAGGUGACUUCGGUCGAUAGUAACGAGGUCGUCGAUGUGGUGGACCAGGUCACAUGGGAGAACGUAAGCGGCCUACAGGACCAGCAGAGAAGGCAUCUACAAAGAAUCCACCAGAAGGGCGUGCUGUGGAAGUACCCGGACGGUGAGUCGUCGCCGGCGGCGGCUAAAUCGGUGGUAUUCCGGCUGUCUCACGGCGGAGAUGUGGAUCCUGAUGGGAAUUGCCUCUUCACUGCGUCUAAGAAGGCGAUGAGGUGCGAGAUCGAUGCCCGGGAACUCCGGCGGCGGACUGUGAAACGAUUCUUGGAAGAUCUCGGAUCGUUAAGCAGCGUGGAGAGAGAAGGCGCCAACGAUGCGAUUAAGCAUAUGUACUCACCCGAUCUAAGGUCUGGUUGGGGAAUCCAUGUGAUUCAGGAGGUGAAGUUGUUGGCGAGGAAGGAGGACCGGGAGGGUUUGGAUGCUGCGAUUAGCGAACUGCUUGAUCUUGGAAUGCAGAGAGAAAUGGCAGCAGAGUCUAUUUACAAGGAGAGAUGUAUUGCUGUGGAUGACGGCUCGAGUUGGGCCAAAUACAUGUCUAUCUCUGGUUCUCCUGAUGAUGAAUAUGACAUCAUCUCUUUGCAAUAUACUGAGGAGGGUUUAUUGACUGUAGAUGAGAAUAGAGAAGGUCAUGCUGCCGCUUUUGGAGAUGAUAUAGCCAUUGAAUGUCUUGCCACAGAGUUCAAGCGAGAGAUAUUUGUUGUGCAAGCACAUGGAUCAGAUGCAAUGGUUGAUGAGGAAAAUUGUGUUUUCUUCUUACCACAUCGUCCGAGAGGUCGAAUUUGUGAACCUCCCUUCUUUCUUUUCAUGAAAGGAACAGGCUGGAGUGGUGCUGGAGCGGAUCACUAUGAGCCCCUGAUUGCUCAUCCUUCUUCAGCCGUAUCCCAGGAGAAAGUUGCUUGGGUACUCUGAAGCCCCCCGUGUCUGGCAUGCAAUCCAGUUUUCGGAGACGAAGAGAAUUUCGUGGCACUGCACUCCAUUUUUUUGUUAACAAUAUCUAGAUUAGGUGACUUCAGUCUAACUUGCAGGUUUCUCUGUGCCUGCCUUUGAGCAACCCUUACCGGCUUCUGCUGUUGUCUUUGUUGAGUUUCUUGACAUUUUGUCCGAGUUGGAAUAGUAUACCAUUUGUUGUAUCUUUUGCUAGAUCUUGUCCGAGCUGGAAUAGCAUACCAUUCGUUGUAUCUUGUGCUAGAUUUUGUCCGAACUGGAAUUGUUUAUACCAUUUGUUGAACAAAAUUUCUGUUAUUCAUUUUUACAA